GGCCAGAGCCGGAAGCUUUGCUGCGGGACGGCGGGUUCAACUAAUCGCAGCUUAGGCCCCCGCGUUCGCUGUCGGCAGUGUUGUCAUUUUCUUUCUAGAUUUCCUUAUAUUUUGGAUUCUGGCUAUAUUAUAAUGAGUGAUGCUUUGAUGUCAGAUGCCGUUGGUCGAAGAGUUGAAGUUAACGGAGAGCAUGCAACAGUGCGUUUUUCUGGCGUUAUUCCCCCUGUGGCAGGAGUCUGGCUGGGAGUUGAAUGGGACAAUCCUGAGAGAGGAAAGCAUGAUGGAAGCCACGAAGGAACUGUGUAUUUUAAAUGCAGGCACCCAACAGGAGGAUCCUUUAUUCGACCAAACAAAGUAAAUUUUGGAGUGGACUUUCUUACUGCAAUUAAGAACCGCUAUGUGUUAGAAGAUGAACCAGAGGAAAAUGGAAAUAAGCAGAUUGCUACAAUUGGAAAGAAACCUGUGGAAACUGUUGGUUUUGACUCUGUCAUAAAAUAUCAAAGUCAACUGAGCAAGUUACGAGAAAUUUCUCUGAGGAACUGUGCAGUAAAUUGUGCUGGUGACAGAGGAGGAAUUGCCAAAGCCUGUCCUAAUAUUAGAGAGCUAAAUUUGUCCAAAAACCUGUUGUCAUCAUGGGAUGAAGUGAUACAUAUUGCUGAUCAGCUCAAACACCUGGAAACUCUUAAUCUCAGUGAAAAUAAAUUGCAAUUUCCCUCUGGUUCACCACCUCUAACUGGAACAUUUCUUACACUGAAGGUUUUAGUCCUUAACCGAACAGGAAUAACAUGGGCUGAGGUGCUCCAGUGCGCUGCAGGGUGGCCAGUCCUUGAGGAACUGUACCUUGAGGCUAACAGUAUUUGCAUUUCAGAAAGGCCAACUGAUGUUCUACAGACGCUCAAGUUAUUAGACCUUUCUGCUAAUCAGUUUAUUGAUGAAAAUCAACUGUUUCUAAUAGCCUAUCUGCCCAGAUUAGAACAACUAAUCAUUUCUGACACUGGAAUUUCUUCUAUACAUUUUCCGGAUGCUGGAAUCGGGUGCAAAACAUCAAUGUUUCCCUCCUUGCAAUACCUGGUAGUAAAUGACAAUCAGAUAUCACAAUGGUCAUUUAUCAAUGAACUAGAUAAGUUACAGAGUCUGCAUACCUUGUCCUGCAAGAGAAACCCCCUGACUGAAGACAGCAAAGAAGCAGAGACCACGCGACAGUUCAUUAUUGCCAAAAUCGGUCAGCUGAAGACUCUGAACAAAUGUGAGAUUCUGCCAGAGGAAAGGCGUGGAGCUGAGCUUGAUUACCGAAAAAUUUUUGGAAAUGAAUGGAAAAAGGCUGGUGGGCAUCAGAAUCCAGACAAAAACAAACCAAAUGAAGAAUUUCUUGCAGCCCAUCCUAGAUACCAGCUACUCUGCCUCAAGUAUGGUGCACCUGAAGAUGGGGAACUCAAAAUACAACAACCAUUGUUGCUCAGAAACCAGCUACUAACACUGAACAUAAAAUAUCCUAAUCAACUUGAUCAAAAAGUCAUAGAGAAAAAACUGCCAGAGUUCAUGACAAUUCAAAAGGUGAAAGGAUUGCUGUCACGUCUUCUCAAAGUUCCUGUGUCAGAACUCCUGCUGUCCUAUGAGAGUCUCAAAGUAAGUUGCCCAGCAGAACAGGAAGUCCAGCUUAGCUCCCCACAGAAUGACAUGUCAUCAGACUGGCUCUAUAGAAAAGAUUCUAAAUGGAGACCAUACAUCUGUUAGGUGUGUAUGUGGGGAGGGUAUAUGUGCAUAAUGUUGAGGAAAUCCUGUCUCUUAGAAAGAAUGCAUUUAGUAGGUUAUUUUGGGGUGCUGGGGAAUGCUCAAAAUUUUUUCCAUGUUAAUUAAUGGUAAAUGUUCCCCUACCCAAAAUAUAACGUACUAAAUCAUACCAAACAGAACAUUCUGCUUCCCACUGUGGGGGAAACCUGUAACAAGCUUUGUCACCUCUGGCUUAAUCACCGCCCAUGCUC